CGCAAUCGCAUCAGUCUAAAAGUCAAUACCAGUACCACGCACCCUCUUCAAGGUGAACAUACUUUCCACCUGUGCUCCUAUCCCUAUCAGAAUGAGCAGCACUACCGCCAGCAGCGUGAUGAUCUACGAACCGGCGGCUGCUGCGUCGACCGCAUCUGUUGGCGUGCCAGUGAUGCCUGGACCCGGACAAGGCAGGGUGGCUCCUAUCUCCUCUGGAGGUGGAAGCUCAUGCUCCUCUUCAUCAUCUUCCGGAAUGAACAAUAAGAUGAUG